AUGGCUCAUUCUCGCGACCGGGAGAACCCUGCGUCGCCGAGAUCGUCCGCUGGUGGCGCAGAGUCCUUCAAAGGUACCCCCGAGACACGACUGACGGCGUUCUCACCCGAGGAUACCUCUGCAAAGUCUUCGAAACUCCUUCAAGGUCUUGUGCGCUCUUCCUCAGCCACGUCAUCUGUUGGAGUACCCCAAAGUACCUAUCGCGGCUCCGCAGGUCAUUUGGACAAGGAUCCAUUCGUCACUCCUUCCCAUCGAUCCGGGAGCCGCUUGUCCCCGACGGCAUCAGCGUUCAACCCAUUCGCAGAGAACAUCAGCGUCCCCUUGCCUAGCAGCACAGGUCCUCUUUCUACAGGACUGAGCACCGAUUUGGGUCUCAGUCGACACUUGGACAUUUCCUCGGCAACAUCCCUCACAGUUUCCCAAGUGAAUUCUUGGCUUUGUGACGUGGAGGCUCAUGGAGAACCCCCGCAUGGAACCCGCGUCUUCGACUCUUUCGAGGGGCAUGUUUACAUUCGUUUUUCGGAUAUCAGAGAUGCCUGCGCCGCAUUUUCCGGUAUCAGGCUCACUGGUGCCACCUGGAGAGUGGAAUACGCAGAUCCGAGCCCAACUGUGAAGGAUGACCGUUCCCGUCAUGACACUAGACUUCCGCAUCCCGCGCAAGUUCAUGUCCUUGCUGUUGUCCCGCAGCAUGUCGCUGUAGACGCACUCCAGGCCACCGACGCUGUUCAGCGACUUCUACAGUCACAUGGGCGUCUUUUCGCGUUUGUCAAGCGAUCAAUUUUCCCCAACGGCUCGUUCACGGCGGUGGCUGAGUUCUGCGAUGUCUCCGCGGUCCAACCAGCAGUGUCGAAUUGCAACAAUCGCUACACCGCUGAGGGGCUGCAUAUCCUCGUUUCGGCGCACGAUGCCGAUGCGACGGCUACCUCUGAUCUCACCGGAGCACUGAAUGGUCUCUCUUUACAGAGGGCGUCCCAAAGCCCCGCAAAGCACAUCGCAGCGGUUCCCUCGGUGCUCAGCAAUCAUACAGGUCAAACGGACAUGCGUGUGCAACCCCAAUUCGCCAUGUAUCCAUUGGUGUUUCCGUCGCCGUUCACCGCCAAUGUCCCUUACAUGCUGGAGCCGUUCCUUCCAGUCAGCGACCCCGGACCAGUGCCUCCAAUGGCCCCUGUAUCCCCCUCUUAUCCGGUGCUCGGUCAGUUAUUCCACACGCCGCCGUCCCCGGCUCUCACAUCACACAAUAGCUACAGUCCUUCUCGGUCACUGUCGGGGUUUCAUAGAGGCGAUGCUCGAAGACAGAACGCCAUGCGCGUCAAUCGGUCGCCGUAUCAUAACAUUUCGAGCCACCACAAUCACGUCGAUAUAAGCCGAAUCAGGGAAGGUAUUGACGUGCGAACAACGAUUAUGCUGCGCAAUAUUCCCAACAAAGUGGACCAAGCAAUGCUCAAACGAAUCAUCGACGAGUCCAGUUGGGGGAAAUAUGACUUCAUGUAUUUGCGCAUCGACUUUGCUAACGACUGCAAUGUCGGUUAUGCAUUCAUCAACUUUGUCGAUCCCCUAGACAUCAUUGAUUUUGUCGAAGCUCGGGGGAACCAACGUUGGAAUUGCUUCAAGAGUGACAAGGUUGCCGAGAUAUCUUAUGCCACCAUACAGGGAAAAGAUUGCUUGGUGCAGAAGUUCCGCAACAGCUCCGUGAUGUUGGAGGCGCCUCAUUACCGUCCAAAGCUCUAUUUUACGUCGAAUGGGCCGAUGCCAGAGUUGGCAGGACAAGAGGAGCCUUUUCCUGACCCGGACAACCAAUCCAAGAUGAAGAGAAGCUGUGAGAAUGCUGAGCACGUCGGCCUGUUCACGCCCAACGCCGGCCAGCACUUCCGCGAUGAGCAGCGUCGUCGUCGUUCGCAGUACGACCGCGGCACUCGUCUUGCCGCCUUAGAAGAAUACGACUACGAGGCGGCUAUUCAACACAUGUAUGGCACAACUGCGCAGUGA